GGCUGCCCCUGUGUGGGGAGGUGGCAGAUAAAACCCCCCCCCCUCUGCUACAGCCCUUUCUGUCACCCCACCCUGGGACUCAGCACUGCCGGCUGCUCUGGUCCAUGGCCACCUUCCCUCCCCAUCCCAGCCCUCUGUGCCCCCAAACCCCACAUUGCCAGCCAAUCCAGGCUGUGCAUGCAGUGACUUGGGGGGAGAGACUUGCGAGUGGCAGACCCCAAUCAGUGUGACUGUGAGCCCCGGGGGUUUGGGGUUGGCAGGCCAGGAGAGCCUUGGCAGCCGGGGUAGGCCGGGGGGUUGGUACAGGGCAGGAGGGUGCUGGGAGGCAGCAUGGGGCCAAGUGGGGAACUGGCAGGACAGGGAGGGGUCAAAGCACAGUCUGGCCUGAAGUGCUUUAUACUGCACUUUUCAAAAUGCAUCCAUUCCAAGUGAAGCUUGUGAGCUCUCCAGCAGGGGGAGGGGGCAGCAGUCCGGGGAACGGGACUAAGGCAGGACAGAGGAGGGUGUUGGCGGGGGAUGGUACACAGCAGAGGUUGGAGGAAGCCUGGGUUCAUAGACAAGGCUGUUCUGAGACUUGGGGUCAGCUCCCGGCUCUGCCGCAGACUACAGUGUUUCUAUGUCCCCGUUCUGAAGCUGUACCAUGGGAUUGAUGAACCUUUGUCUCCCAGUCCUCCUCUAGGUCAGACUCUUUGGGUCAGGGACUCUUUGAGGCCACAUUGUGCAGGGCCCAGCACAAAUCUUAGGACCUCCGGGCACCUGCCUGAUGGAGGUGGCAAGGCCCCAGUGAUCCAGCUCCGAGAAGGGCAGGUGCAGAACGCGACGGCCUCGCAGCAGUUCUGCUACGCCAACCCAGGGACCCCGAAAUGGCACGACAUAUGGACCCGCAUGCAGAUCCGCGUGGUCAGCAACAAGAUGAUCCGCGUCAUCCAGGUGGAGAACGAGGAGAAGCUGAAGGAGCUGGAGGAAUUCAACGUGUGGAACUUCCUCGCCUCCUUCCUGAAAGAGAAGCUGAACGACACCUACAUCGCUGUGGACCUUUACACUGAGAAAACCUGCCUGAAAGUCGAGCUCCUGGAGCAACCCACCACCUACAGCGUCGUCCUCUUCCGGUGGUUUGACCCCAAGCUCUUCGUGGUUUCCUUCCUGGGCCUGCUCCUGUUCUUCUGCGGGGAUUUGCUUAGCAGGAGCCAGCUCUUCUACUACUCAGCUGGGAUAAGCGUCGGCAUGCUGGCCUCACUGCUCAUCCUCAUCUACGUGAUGGCCAAGGUGAUGCCCAAGAAAAGCCCCAUCUACUUCAUCCUGGUGGGCGGCUGGUCCUUCUCCCUCUACCUCAUCCAGCUGGUUUUCCGAAACUUACAAGAGAUCUGCAAGUCGUAUUGGCAAUAUCUCCUGGGUGAGUCCCGGUGCUUUUCCCGGCUCGAGGGGGAGGUGGAGACGCGCAGAGCUCUGGAGGAGCUGCGUGGCUACUGCUCCAGCCCCGACUUCUCUGCCUGGACGGUGGUUUCCCGGAUCCAGUCUCCGAAGAGGUUUGCUGACUUUGUGGGCGGCGCCUCCCAUCUCACCCCGAACGAGGUCUCGGUCCACGAGCAGGAGUAUGGCCUGGGGGGCUCCUUCGUGGAGGACCAGCUCUUCGAGGACGACGAAGACGACUCCUUCGAGGGGGAGGGGCGCGCCCACUCCUCCAUGUCCUUUAACCACCUGGGCUUGGCGUGAGGCAGCCGGUCAGGAGCCCUGCGGACCGACUUGGCGGCGGAGCCGCAGAAGCGCCCUGCCGGCCGUGGAACGGUCGCCGCUCUCUGAGCGCCCCCGUGAGCACGUGCGCGUGAAAAGCCCAUCUUGUCGGUGCGAGUGCACCAGAGUCAGCUGCUCCCUGCACGGCUAGUUGGGCAGGGGCUUUGCACGGUGCGGGAGAAGCCGCUGGGGGUGUGUGUCGGGGGCGCACUCUCCUACUGGCGCUGGGCGGCCUGCCCGGUCCGGGGCAGAGAGCCCUCGGGGCUGCUUGUGUGAGCCGCCCCGGCCUGACUCCAGUUGGAUGGGCAGGAGGGCUCUGGCCAUGACUGUAAUUUGUCUGUAGGACGCAGCGUCCGCCCAGGGCUCGGACCUCCCCUAGAGCGGAGGGAAUUUCCCCGUCUACGCUUGUGUGCGGCCGCAGAGCCAGUCCCAGUGGCUGGGGG